AUGGUUUCUCCAUCGGAAUAUUUCUCUUACAGAUUGUCUCCUCGAUAUGAUGAAUUUAAUCCGAUAUUGAGUGCGGGAAAAUUGACACAACAAUACAUGGUGGAUGCUUAUGUGAGAGCUGAGGCGAAUGACUUGAACUGGGUGAAAAAUAAUCAGUCAACAUUGAGAUCAGAGAAAUAUAAUGGUUUAAUGGAUGCGAUAGAAUGGGAUGAGGAAGUUCAUGGGAGUAAUAACCUGAUAGGAAAAGCAGUUAUACUGCCUUCAAGUUUCCAGGGUGGAGUACGAAACAUGCAGCAGUAUUAUCAAGAUGCUAUGGCCAUUGUCACAAAGUAUGGAAAGCCUGAUUUAUUUGUAACAAUGACUUGCAACCCAAAAUGGAAAGAAAUAACUGAAAAUCUCAAACCUUGGGAAAAAUCUGAAUUCAGACCUGACUUGGUCGCACGAGUAUUUCACUUGAAACUUAAACAACUUCUUGAUGACAUUACAAAUAGGCGUAAGUCAUUAUUUGGGAAGGUUCUUGCACAUGUGCAUGUUAUUGAGUUUCAGAAGAGAGGUCUUCCACAUGCACACAUUCUGAUCAUCUUAGACACGGACGAAAAAAUUACCACUCCUGAAGAUAUUGAUAAAAUUGUGAAAGCAGAGAUUCCAGAUAAAGAGACUUCGCCACGACUUUUUGAAAUAGUCACGAAACAUAUGAUCCACGGACCAUGUGGGAAGAGAAACCCUUCAAGUCCCUGCAUGGUUGACAGUGAUUGCACGAAGAACUUCCCAAAGUCCUGUGAUGCUACGCUUGGAAAUUUGGAUGAAUAUCCAUAUUAUAGACGACGGAAUCAAGGAUUUGUUGAGGUGAAUGGGAAGUUGAUAGAUAAUAGCUGGGUUGUUCCUUACAAUCCAUACUUAUUACUAAUAUAUAAUUGUCAUAUAAAUGUGGAGAUCUGUUCAUCAGUAAAGAGUGUGAAGUGCUUAUACAAGUAUGUAUACAAAGGUCAUGAUUGUGCAAACCUUUGUAUUACUGAGAGGAACGAAAGAGAUGAGACGAAGGAGUAUGUGGACUCACGAUAUGUGAGUGCACCUGAAGCGAUUCAUCGAAUUUUUAGAUUCAAGAUGCAUGAUCAGUCGCACACUAUCUAUAGACUACCAGUACAUCUGCAAAAUGAACACAUUGUGUACUUUCAACAGGGAAAUGAACAGGUGGCUGCACAUCGAGCUCAGAGUAAAGAUACGAAAUUGACAGGAUGGUUUAAGUUGAAUGUAGUAGAUGAAACUGCGCAUGACUUUACUUAUUCCGAAAUACCCAAACACUUCGUUUGGAAGGAUACGACUGCAAUGUGGGAAAGGAGACAAAUGGGAGGAGAGAAAGUGAUUGGGAGAAUGGUAAAUGUAAGUAUUAAAGACCCAGAAAGAUACUAUCUUCGAUUACUUUUAUGCCACGAAAAGGCAGUGACAUCUUUUCAACACUUACGAACAAUUGUGGUGAACGACGAGUCCGUUCAGGUAGGUACCUUUCGAGAGGCUGCGAAGCGCAAGGGAUAUCUUUUGGAUGACACAAUUUGGCAAGACACAAUUCAUGAUGCCAUUGUUUAUGCAAUGCCAUUCCAGCUUAGGCAAAUGUUUGCCUAUAUCUGUGCUUAUGGUCUUCCCUCUGAUGCUCUUAAGUUAUGGAAUGAUAAUUUACAGUAUUUGACAGAGGACGUUUGCUAUGAGCGACAUCUCAAACAGGGUGAAUGUCAAAGAUGUGCUGAGUAUGCACUUAAGGAUGUAAAAGAUACUCUGACUCUUAGUCAUUCACUCUGCAAUUUCAAUUUACCUGAUGUGGGCUAUGAUUUGUCAAGUAUGAAUCAGAUUAUCUAUGAUUCAGACGUUGAGCAGAAGGCCGCUGAUGAGAUGAUUACAUCUUUGAAUGAUGACCAACGACAAGCAUUUACAACAAUAAUCAAUGCUGUGAAUGAUGAAGAGAUUCCUAAAUGUUUUUUCCUGGACGGUCCCGGAGGAAGUGGGAAGACAUAUUUGUAUCGAAGUCUUCUUCAUUACUUUCGAGCAAGGAAUGAAAUUGUCAUUCCUACAGCAUCAACCAGAAUUGCAUCAAACUUGCUCAGUGGAGGUAGAACCUACCAUUCUCUGUUUAAGUUACCUUUAGAAGUCAAUGAGACAUCCAUUUCAAACCUGAGUUUGGACUCGAAAGAUGGAAGAGAUAUUAGAUUAGCAAAGUUGCUUAUCGUGGAUGAAUGCACCAUGGCAUCGAGCCAUGUUAUGAAUGCCAUUGACAGAAUUUUAAGAGAGGUAACUGGACAUCAAAUUUCAUUUGGUGGGAAGGUAAUAUUACUUGGAGGUGACUUUCGGCAAUGCUUAAACAUUCUCCCGCACGCAAUGCAAUCAGCGAUUGUCCAGUCUGGACUUAAGUAUUGUGAUUCUUGGAGCUUCUUUAAGAAACUCACAUUGAGUAGCAAUAUGAGAUCACAGGACCCUAAAUAUAGUGAAUGGCUGUUGAAAUUGGGAAAUGGCACAUUGGGAAAUUCUCUUCAACUUGAACACACUAUUGAGGUUCCCCCUGAAUUUCUUUGUGAAGGUGAUUUGGUGAAGGAGGUAUUUGGUGAGCAAAUAACUCCUGAUAUGAUACCAACCAUUAAAAAUAGGGCUAUACUUUGCCCUAAAAAUGCUGACGUCGACAGAAUCAAUGACGAAGUUUUGAAACUUUUACAUGAGCAAGAGGAAAAAACUUAUUACAGCUACGAUGAGAUACAAACUGAUGAUCACCAGGAACGAUUAAAUUACCCUAUAGAGUACCUGAACAGUGUACGUGCAUCGGGAUUACCCCCUCAUGAACUCCACUUGAAGGUUGGCACCAUCAUAAUGCUGCUGAGGAACCUCAACACAAAAAGAGGAUUAUGUAAUGGAACCCGAUUAGUUGUGAUGAGUUUAAGAGAUCAUGUCAUCGAAGCAGAAGUGCUUACUGGGUCCGGAUCGGGACAGAUAAUCCUGAUACCACGAACUGAUUUAACAAAUAAUGGUUCUGAUUACCCAUUUACCCUGAAACGAAGACAGUUUCCUGUCAAGGCUUCGUUUGCAAUGACCAUCAAUAAGUCACAAGGACAGACUCUUGACAGGGUUGGAAUUUUUUUGUCUGAACCUGUUUUUGGACAUGGACAACUUUACGUUGCUUUUUCCAGAGUAAGGAGAGCAACUGAUGUCAAAAUCAAGAUUCUGAAAACAUCAGAACAAGGCAAAUUGAUUCCAAAUAAUAAUAAUUUUUUUACCAAAAAUGUUGUGUAUAGAGAAGUUUAUGAUGGGAUAAAUGAUGGAAUACAGAAUACAGCUAAAGAAUAUCUUCAGUCUUUAUAA